UUUUGCUUUACCGGCAUUUCAGCAUCUGUGCCGGUCGGAGUUUUUUUAAACGGCCGUUAAACGUCAGUGUAUUUAUCUUUUUUAUUUAUACUUAUUGUUACCAAAAUGCCUGGAUACUCAGACAGAGAUCGCGACAGAGACCGCGGCAGGGAUAGAGGUUAUGGCUCUGGUCCUCCUCGUUUUGGUGGUAACCGAGGUGGAGGAGGAGGUGGAGGAGGAAAGUUUGGCAAUCCCGGUGAGCGACUCAGAAAGAAACACUGGAAUCUGGACGAGCUGCCUAAAUUUGAGAAAAACUUCUACCAGCCGCAUCCCGAUGUUGUCAGGAGGUCCCCGCAAGAAGUUGAACAAUACAGAAGGUCCAAAACAAUCACAUGUAAAGGAAGAGAGAUCCCAAAUCCCAUCACAAAAUUUCAUGAGGCCAGCUUUCCAUCUUAUGUGAUGGAUGUGAUCAAUAAACAAAACUGGACUGAGCCGACACCCAUCCAGGCACAAGGCUGGCCUUUGGCUCUCAGUGGGAUGGAUAUGGUCGGCAUUGCCCAGACUGGCUCUGGCAAAACCCUUUCUUAUCUACUGCCUGCAAUCGUGCACAUUAACCACCAGCCUUUCCUGGAACGUGGAGAUGGUCCUAUUUGCUUGGUGCUUGCCCCGACUCGUGAGCUGGCUCAGCAGGUACAGCAGGUGGCUGCCGAAUAUGGCAGAGCAUCUCGUCUGAAGUCCACCUGUAUCUACGGUGGAGCACCAAAAGGACCUCAGAUCCGUGACCUGGAGAGAGGUGUGGAGAUCUGCAUCGCCACUCCAGGAAGGCUGAUUGAUUUCCUCGAAGCAGGAAAGACAAACCUCCGUCGCUGUACCUACCUCGUUCUGGAUGAAGCUGACCGAAUGCUCGACAUGGGCUUUGAGCCGCAGAUCCGGAAGAUUGUUGACCAAAUCAGACCUGACCGUCAAACUCUGAUGUGGAGUGCUACCUGGCCCAAAGAAGUCCGCCAGCUGGCUGAGGACUUCCUGAGGGAAUACGUCCAGAUUAACAUUGGUGCUCUGCAGCUCAGUGCUAACCACAACAUCCUGCAGAUUGUGGACGUCUGCAGUGAUGGAGAGAAGGAAAAUAAGCUGAUCCGUCUGCUGGAAGAAAUAAUGAGCGAGAAAGAAAACAAGACGAUUAUCUUUGUAGAGACAAAGAGGCGCUGUGAUGACCUCACCAGGAGGAUGAGACGAGACGGGUGGCCGGCUAUGGGAAUCCAUGGAGACAAGAGUCAACAAGAAAGAGACUGGGUUCUUAAUGAGUUUAAAUUUGGAAAGGCUCCCAUUCUCAUCGCUACAGAUGUGGCCUCCAGAGGUCUAGAUGUUGAAGACGUGAAAUUUGUCAUCAACUUUGACUACCCCAACAACUCUGAGGACUAUAUCCACCGUAUUGGCAGAACGGCCCGUAGCUCAAAGACGGGCACGGCCUACACCUUCUUCACUCAGAACAACAUGAGGCAGGCCAGCGACCUCAUCUCUGUGCUCCGCGAGGCCAACCAGGCCAUCAACCCCAAGCUCCUCCAGAUGGCUGAAGACAGAGGAGGUCGUUCAAGGGGCGGCAGAGGUGGCGACUAUAGAGAUGACCGUCGGGAUAGGUACAGGCGUGAUUUUGGCGGUUAUAGGGACAGGGAUAACGGUAGAGGGUUUAACAACGGACCAAACAAAGCUUUCAGCACAAAUACUCAGAACGGCGGUUACGGGGCCAGCAACGGGAACGCCAACAAUGGCAGCACCAACGGCUACGGCGGAGGCAGCUACAACGGUAACGGACAGUCCAACUUCAACAACCAGGGAGGAGGGUAUGGGCCUCAGAACAACUUCCAGGCCGCUCAGUUCGCUCCGGCUAAAACCGGAGGGCAGACCGGCGCAGGUCACCCGCAGUUCCCCUUCCCUCCCGCACAGGCUCAACAGCAGCACCCCCCUCCGCUGGUGCCGUACGCCAUGCCUCCUCAGUUCACUCAGUAAACACUUGAAAGAAGUAAUUUAUUGCUUUUUGUCUUGUUUUAAGUUCUACACUUAAUCUUGGAUUUUUUUUUGUAUUUUCACGACAGGGUUACAGACAACUUGAACCUCGUAUCAAGCCUUUUAAGAUCUGCAGUGCAGCAUUAGCCGUGUUGCGCACUUGUUUUCCCUUUUACUAUUUAAUUUGUUACAUUCCUCAUUAAGGGUUUAGUUAUGUUUUGUACUAGAUGAUUACAGAUGUAUCGGUUUUUCAUGUGUAUCCUUGAAAGUGAUGUUAUGCUCCUACCUUGGAAGUGCACUGCAUGAUCUUUCAAAUAAAAAUGAAAAAAAUA